AUGAAGAAAAUUACCAAAAAGCUAUCGAUGAAGUACGUGAAACUUCAUAAGAGCCGGCUCCGGCAAGAUGGUUCCAUGAAGUCGGAGGAAGACGGUGGAGAUAUUUUCCGGGAAAAUCAUUCGCCGGAAAAUGAGGAAAGUAACGUAACGAAGGAAACACCUAAGGUAACAAAGAUUAUGGAGUCCAUGCACCGUAAGCUAAUGCUAAAAGAAAAGACACGUAAAAAGAAUAUCCACGUGGACCGUCACGAUCAACCCGAAAUGUCCGAACGUUCGGUUAGGAAUGGUGGUCGUGAACGCAAUGUCGACCCGCUUGAAGGCUCAGUUAGAAACAUAAAUCGUGAUGGUAUGGAUCAGCUUGAAGGUUCGGUUAGAAAUUUGAUUAGGGGGCGUAUGGACCAACUUGAAGGUUCUAUUAGGAACAAUGCUCGUGAUCGUGUGGAUCAGCACGAAGGAUCUAGCAAAAAUGGUCAGAAAAAUCAGAUUGAAGAUAAUAAUACUUCGAAAACCAGCGCUCAAUUAGAUCAAUCAGAAGGAUCGACUAAAAAUCCUUCUGAUUUCGCUUCGAAAAAAGAUUAUCUUGAUUGGAUUGAAUACGUGGAAGGAUCUAGUCAUCAUUGUUUUGAUCGAUCUGAAAAUGCUGAGAAGUCUUAUAGAAAGGAUGAUCUUGAUCAUGACCAAAUAAGCGUUGGGAUAUCCGAAGGAUCAAUAGAGGGUAAUAACGACGGGAUCAUAUUACUCAAGAGCUCUAAGCAUAGGAAAAAUGAGAAAUUUGAAGACUCGAAAGGUUAUAAGAAAGGCAAAGCUAGAAAGGUCAAAGAUUUAUUGAAAAGUCAAAAGGUUGACUAA